AUGCUGGACUGCGCGACAUCCCACAUCCAGGUCGGCAGGGUGCAGGACGGCCCCGACCGGAAUGCGCUUCGGACGCUGCUGGCGCAGGUGCAGCCCAGCGAGGUCCUCUACGACGCCGCGAGCCUUCCGGCCGACGUCCAGAUGAUUGUGAGGAGGCUUCCGUGUCAGCCGCAACUGAGCCAGGUCAAGGCAGAUUCGGCGCUGGCGGCGAGGGACAGGCUUUGCCGCUACCGCCACUCGCACCCGGACAAGCUCACGCCUGCGGUCGAGGAGGUGCUCAAGCAGGACAGCGCCGCGGUCGCGACGACGGGCGUCAUGAGGUAUCGAAUGGAGACGCUGCUGGCGCAACGCGUGCUGCCGUUCGCCACGUGGGAGGUGCUGGGCACGCUGGGGCUCAGCGGCGCCCCCGGCGAGGCCGAGGCCUCCCCCGCCGCCGGUGGGCGCCGCAUGGUCCUGGACGCCGCCGCGCUCGGCGCCCUCGAGGUGCUCGAGACGCUGGAGGGCACGUACGCCGGGAGCCUGCUGCACUUCCUGGACCGCACGGCCACGCCGGGCGGCUUCCGUACUCUGAGGCAAUGGGUGUGCGCCCCGCUGUUCGACCCCGCCGAGAUCCGCCUGAGGUCCUCCGCCGUGGAGUUCCUGAUCGCGAACCACGGCAUGGCCGACCAGCUGCGGAGCGGCCUCAAGAAGAUGGCCGGCAGCCAAGCGCAGAGGCACCACGACCUGGAGCGCGCCACCUCGCGCGUGUGGGGCUUCGCCGCGCAGUCCUCCCGCCACGCGGUGAUGUACGAGGACACGACCGCCAAGCGCCUCGGGGACUUCAUGGCCCUGCUCGAGGCGUACGAGCAGGGCAUCCGGACGCUCUCCUCGGCGCUGCCGGCGGGCGGCGCGCAGCUGCCCGAACGCCUGAGGCAGAUCGCGAGGACCCGCGCCGACGGCGGCAGCUUCCCGGAGCUUCAGGACGUCAUCACGCGCUUGAGGAACAGCGUGUGCGAGGGAGCCGACCCGAAGACCGGCAAGACGAAGUGUCGGCCUGCCCCGGGCGCAGACGCCGACUACGAUGCCGUGACGGCGAGGAUCAAAGAGAAGGAGGCGUUGUUACUGAAGGAGCUCCGCGGGAUUCAGGGGAAGCACCCGAAGGUGAGCUUCGAGUUCUACCACCGCCAAACCCACCGCUACGAGGUGGAGGUGGACGAGGGGGCGCUUCCUGAGUCGUUGCUCGCAGGCGUGGACGUGACCUUCCGAAACAAGAGCAAGGUGCGCUUCCAGACGGACCGAAUAAAGCAGUUUGUGCAGGAGAUGGAGCAUGCCGAGGACGCGAGGGAGGACUGCAUAUUCCCUUUCUUGUGCAAGCUCUUCCAGGAGUUCCAUGCCCAUCAAGCGCAAUUCCGCGCAGCCUUCCGCCUGUUGGCAGAGCUGGAUGCCAUACUGUCGCUGGCUAAGGCAUCGGUGGACUUGCCUGGCAGCAGCUGUCAGCCAGACAUUGUGGAGAUCGUUGACCCCAGUUCCACAGGCAUGCUCGAGCUGGUGGAGUGCAGGCACCCCGUUGUGGCAGCGAAGAUGGGGAGCUCCUUCGUGCCGAAUGACACCUUGCUGAACGCGAGGGGCGUUCCUGGCUGCCUGGUCGUGACGGGUCCCAACAUGGGCGGCAAGUCCACGGUGUUGAGGCAGACGUGCAUCGCAGUCAUCAUGGCGCAGAUCGGCUGCCGAGUGAAUGCGACACGAUGCCGGCUGAGCCCCGUGGACCGCAUUUUCACGAGGAUUGGCUCCUACGACGCGCUUCUGGAAGGCAAGAGCACGCUGCUGACGGAGCUGGAAGAGACCGCGGCCGUCCUGGCCCACGCAAGCCGGCGCUCCUUGGCCGUGCUCGACGAGCUGGGUCGAGGCACAUCGACUUUCGACGGUGCGGCCAUCGCCUCCGCGGUGCUGGAGGAACUGUCAGAGGGCGUGGCGUGCUGCGCGCUCUUCGCCACGCACUACCAUCCGGUCUCCCAGGCGGCGGUCCAGCGCAAGGGCAUCGCCCCCUUCCACAUGUCCGCGGAGGUGGGCGAGGGAUCGCACGAGAUGACGUUCCUCUACAAGUUCCUGCCGGGCCUGUGCCCCGCGUCCCACGGCCACCACGUCGCCCGGCGGGCAGGCCUGCCCGAGGGCGUGCUGCGGGACGCGCUGGCGAAGUCUGCGGAGUUCGAGCGCGGGCGGGGGGCCCAGGCGGAGAAGGUGACGUCCAGCGGCGCCCAGCAGACGCCGGGCGGCGCGCGAGAGCUUCUGGCAGAGGUCGUCGGGCUCGCCUCGGCGGGCGAUGCGGCGGCGCUGAGGCACCUGUUCAGGAGCCGGGUCCAGCAGGCGGCCGCCUGA